CUUAAUAUACAGAGAAAGAAGAAAAAAGCAUUUUAUGAAUUUGAAGAAGGUGAAAUUUCAUUUCCACCAACUUAUAAAUAUGAUUUUGGAACAAAUGAUUUUGAUAGUAGAUCACCAGCAUGGACAGAUAGAAUAUUAUGGAGAAGUAAAGAAAGUAAUUGGUGUAAACAAUUGACAUACAAAAGUCAUAUGGAUAUUAUGUUUAGUGAUCAUAAACCUGUUAGUUCAAUUUUUGAAUUAAAGUUAAAAAUAUAUCCACCUGAAGAAGAGGAUGAUGAAAUAAUUAUGCAUGAUAAUGUAAUUAUAUUAAAAGAUAAUGGAUGUAGUGAG